AUGCUGAGAAAGAACAUUAUUUGCCGCUUUGCAGGUGGAGGUAGGAGAGCAGAUAAAAAAACACGAGAAAAGCUAGAAGAGAGAUUUGGAAAAAAGAUAAAAGAAAAAGAAUUGCAUCCUUAUUUUUCCAAAGGUCGUGCUUUUUAUCUGCUAGCUCCUCCUUUUAAAUUCUGUUCUAUUUUUAAAAGUUUUUUUUUAUAUCAAAAAUUUUUUCUAAAAAUUGGAAUCGUAUUUUAUUUUAAUUUAAAGCAGAAGUAAGGGAAUUCCAAAGGCUUAGAAACCUUAAUAGACACACUAUUAAAUAUGAUAAAGCAACUAUGAAUGAAUUCACAAAAAAAGCGGAAGAAUUCAGUCUUUAUUGCACUCAUGAGCAUUUUGAAGCCUUUGAAGAAUACCAAGACCAUAAAAGGUGUGUAGAUCAAGCUAUUAAUGAAAUCCAAACACUUCCAGAUAGAUUAAAAGCAGAACUGAUGAAUGAAGGAAAUUCAAGACUUCCUAGAAGCCAAGAAGUUCUAAGUCUUUAUUGGGAUCAGCUUAUUAGAAUACUUCCGCCUCAGAUGGUACAUAUUUAUAAGGCUGGCCGAAAAUUGAGGGCUGUGUUCGAAGAUAAACUUGAGCAUCAUGAAGAUUAA